ACGUCGUGGGCGUGAACUUGUCACGGUCCAGAUUUUUGUGUAGGACUGAAAAAUAUGUUCCGCUGUAAACAACAGCUGGUCAGUAUCUGCAGUUUGGCUGAUUUAGCAUCACUGAGAAGGUAUGUCUUUACACAAAUCUCAGCACACCCAAGGUGUGUAGAGAAUUACUUGCACAUCUGGUAUUAUUACCUCCAUCCACAGGUGGGGGAGGGACUCCACUCGAGUCUGUUUUAAGUCGCUAAUUUGGGGACCUGAGACUUGCUGGACUCGAUUUAGACUUGAGUAAAGUGACUCGAAGUAACUUGACUCAUGUAAUAUUUACUUUUUCUCAAAUAAACAGUUUGUUUUUGUAACGGUAACUCCUUGCGUACAAACUUGGACAUAACAUUUAAUUCGUCACUUCAAAUCCCAAAAAUAAAGGUAAGACAGGAAGUCAGUUGGCUGCUAUUUUAAGCUAACGCUAGUUAACGUCUUAGUGGGUCAAAAGCUGGUUAUGAUUAGUUUGCGAAAUUAGGCUAAAAUGUGGAAUUCAUUUAGUUUAAUGUAGGCCUAAUAUCACUAUAAUUUACAUUUCAGGCUCUGUAGUUUAUUUUAAUCGUAUUGGUGUUAAUUAUAUCUUCUUCUUUUAAACAAUUCACUUGUAUGGGACUAUGUCCACCACCAGUCUUUACAAUGUAAAGACGGGUGUAUUAGUGUUAUACAAUGUUCCUGUUAUAGAUACAACUAACAGUUAACAAUAACUGUGUGUGUUUUUAAAGCAUAUUUAAAGGUGGAAUAUCUGGGAAAUCAUCUUCAUCUUCUAGAUUCAUAUGACUUGACUUGAAUUUAAAGGUUGGACUCCCAUUGGAAACUGGAGAAAAAGACCCCCGAGUCUGCUUUAAAAUCUUGAAAACGUUAUUUAUUAUCAAAGUGAUUUGUCAUCCAAAUGCUGCGUGUUAUUUUUUAACUUGCUUCAUUUAGUGUCAAAACAGUACACAAGCAAUACAAUAUCGAACAUUCCUUGACGGUUGAUUUUAUUCGACCUUGUAAGUUAUUCAACUAGGUCAAAAUGAAAUCAAGUGAGGAAGAAUGGGAUAAGAAGUGGACAGGGGGUGUCAUGAAGAAUAAAGAAAACAAUGUCCAAUAUAUAACACUGUUGUUUUACAGGCAACUCAACAUUUAAAAUUACUUUAAUUUCCCUUUCCCUUUUAUUUGCCUUGAAUUAUCUCCCCAAAUUUUUGUGUUUUUGGACAAUCAUAAUAAAUAUUUGUAUGAUCAACAAUCAUUCCAAAACCCCUCCAGCAAACCUGGACAAAAGGUAAUACCUAAUCUUAACCUUCCAAUCAAACUCUCUCAACCAGGAAUAUUUGUAAUCUUGCAACUUCUUUCCUUCAACUCUUCAACUCAAUGCUGCACAUUAAACAUGGACCCCUAAUGGCAAAUUCAGCUCACAUAAUUUCAGGCAUUGUAUAAAGAAAGAAAAUUGGACUCCAUGACAACAUCUGAUUUUAAUAAAUUAUAUUUAUAAAAAACAUAUACAAAACACCACCUCCUUAAUAAAACUAUUAACAACGGAAAUAAACUUAAAAAAAAUAAUUUUAAACAUAUAUGUGUGUGUGUAUAACUAAAAUCGCAGACCAAUGGGAUCCCUACCUGUGGAAUUUUCUAGCAGCUCUCCAUCCCCUAAAAGGAUUCCCUCCUCUGGUCAUGUGACAAGAAGCAGUUAGGUUAUCAGGUCAGAGGAUCCGCUGUUGUUGGUCAGGACAACCAGCAGCAGAGAGCUGGGGCGUCCCCUGGCUGCCUGUCAAACAGAUGCCUGUGAGCUCUGACUCAGACAUGGGCAAGCCUGCACAGCCACGGGUCAGUUUAAUCAAGUUUCACCGGAACAAACGGGAAUCGGUUACAAUUACAAGGUAGUAAAUAAAUUAAAGAUGCCCACAAAAAAGAAAAAAACAGAGAAGGAAACCAAAGAUGUAGAUGACGAGGACUCGGAAGAUCAGGAACCAAAGCCUAAGAAGAAGAGUAAGCAGAAGAAGUCAAAAGACAGCAAUGAAGAAGGAUACAAUUCUGACUCAUCAGGACUUGAUGUGAGGAGCACCAGAAAUAAGGGACACAAUCAGGUAAAGGUCAAGAACAAGAGGAAGAAAGCCAAAGAAGAGAGUGGGGAUGAGUUGAGCAGUGAGUCACAGAAUACAGAUAAUAAGAAUAACAAUAAUGUCUGCAAGAGUAAAAAGAGAGGUGAGAACCUUCUUGAUGUGAUUGAGACCACCAGGAAAGGCUCAGAGAAGUCCUCAGUCAAAGCGAGAAUGGGCUCCAAGGACAAAAAGAACAAAAAAUCCAAGGACUCUGAGAAAGAGGACUCAGCUGGGGAAGAGGAGGGGAAGAAGAAAAAGAAAGACAAGAAGAAGAAGAAGGAUAAGGGGGACAGUGAUGAAGACACCAAGAAAACCAAAGGCAAGAAGAAGAAAAUUGAAAAUUAUGUUGAAAUCUAUGAGAAGGAGCUGCGAAACUACGAGCCAGACAAAGUGGAGAACUACGAGGAUGAGUAUCACAAAAAGAAAGUGUAUGAGAUUGUGACCAUCACUGGUGAUGAGAGAGGAGCCGGAACCGAUGCCAACGUGUUUGUCACCCUCUUUGGAGAAUAUGGCAUCACUCCCAAAGUUCACCUGGCCAGCAAUACAGAAAAGAGGAGUCGCACAGCCUUCGAAAGGGCCAAAACUGAUGUGUUCAGAAUCAGAACUCACAAUGUAGGAGCACUGAAAAAGAUAAGGAUUGAGCAUGACAACACUGGCCUUAGUGCCAGCUGGUUCCUGGACAGAGUGAUAGUGACGGAUGUGAUUAGGCCUCAUCUGAGGUUCUACUUUCCUUGUAACAACUGGCUAAGUAAGAGUGAGGGAGAUGGCGUUUAUGUCAGAGACCUGCUUGGCACCAUGGACCCCAUGGACAUGCCCAAAUAUAAUAAGUAUGUAGUGAGCGUAUUUACUGCAGAUGUGAAAGGCAGCGGAACAGAUGCAGAUGUCUUCCUCAAUAUCUUUGGGGAGUUUGGAGACACGGGGGAGAGGCGACUGGACAAUGACAAGGAUAACUUUGAAAAAGGUACAGAAGACAAGUUCACAAUUGAGGCACCAAACUUGGGCAAAGUAAGGAAGAUCACCAUUGGUCACAACAACAAAGGCUCCUCAGCAGGAUGGUUUGUUGACAAGGUGGUUUUGGAUGAUCUGGGAAACAAAAUGGUGUAUGAAUUUCCAAUUGGCCGCUGGUUUGCCAUCGAUGAGGAUGAUGGAAAGAUCCAGAGGGAUGUUUUGGUUGGGGGUAGCCAGCCCACAGGUAUAGUGUACAACGUUCAGAUCGUGACAGGAAACAUCCGAGGUGCUGGGACCAACUCUAAAAUCCACAUUGUUAUGCAUGGCUCGAAAGGCGCUAGGAACAGUGGAAAGGUGUUUUUAGAGGGAGGCAAGUUUGAGCGGAGCUUGACCGACAUCUUUAAUGUUGAGAUUGCUGCUCUCCUCAGUCCCAUCAGCAGAGUCACCAUCGGACAUGACAACGAAGGAGUCAGUGCUGGGUGGUACUGCGAGAAGGUGGUAGUUUAUUGUCCAUUCACGGGGAUUGAGCAGACUUUCCCAUGCAGUAAAUGGCUGGAUGACAACGAAGGAGAUGGGCUGAUCGAGAGAGAACUGUAUGAGAUGGUGUCUCUCAGGCAAAAGAGACAGAAAAAGUUUCCCUGGUCCUUGUGGAUCUGGACAUCAGAUAUACCCAACGCGGGGAGCGACGCAGCUAUCUCUUUCCAGGUGUACGGAGAGAAGGGAAAGUCAGAUGAGAUGAGGCUCGACAACGAAACUGACAAUUUUGAACAGGGACAGGUGGACAAGUUUAUGGUUGAGCUGCCAGAUUUGGGAAAAUUGAUGAAAUUGAGAAUCUGGCACGAAAAAAGAAAUCAAUUUGCAGGAUGGCAUCUUAGCAAGGCAUCUUUGAUGAAGACAUUAACAAAAGAAAAGUACAAAUUUCCAUGCGAGCGGUGGCUGGACACUAAUGAAGAUGAUAACGAGGUUGUGAGGGAACUACCUGCCACUGGAGAUCUGAUCGAUGAGCCACUGUCAUUGGUGAAAUACAGAGUGACAGUUUGCACAGGGACUGUAGGCGGGAGUGGCACAGAUGCAUCUGUUUUUCUCAAUCUGAUCGGAGACCUGGGAGAUACUGGAGACAGAGAGCUGAUCAUCUGCAAGAACAACGUCAACAAGUUUGAGAAAGGAAACUUGGAUGAGUUCAUAAUUGAGGCAGUAAACAUUGGGCAGGUUCGGAGGGUGAGAAUCGGACAUGAUGGAAAAGGUGGCGGCUGCGGCUGGUUCCUUGACAAAGUGAUAGUCAGAGAAGAGGGUCAGGCAGAGUUCCAGGCUGUAGAGUUCCCCUGCAACAGGUGGCUGGAUCGUAAUGAGGAUGAUGGACAGAUUGUUAGAGAGUUGGUGCCAUUCUCUGAUGGACAGCGUCUUUACAACAUUGACUAUCGCAUCGCAGUGAAGACGGGCGACAUUCCCGGUGGCAGUUCAGACUCUAAUGUGUUUGUCAAGCUGUAUGGAGAGAAAGGCGACACCAGUAAGAUGAUGCUGUUGGUCUCCGACAAUAACCUGGGGAACUAUUUUGAGACGGGACGCAUUGAUGUCUUCACAGUUGAAACCUUUGAUAUUGGACAGAUCAACCGUCUGAUGAUUGGCCACACCAAUGCAGGCAUGCGUGCUGGCUGGUUUUUGGACAGUGUCCAGCUCAUGGUUCCAACACAUGGGGAGCAUUACAUGUUUCCUAGUCACCGCUGGCUUUGCAAGGAUGAGGCUGACGGCAAGACAGAGGUGGAGAUUUAUCCAAGUGAGACCGUGGAGAUGGAACAAUUAAUAAACUACGAGGUAACAGUUGUGACUGGAGAUGUCAUGUUUUCUGGCACCAAUGCCAGAGUGUACAUCCAGAUCUACGGAGACAAGGGGAAAACGGAGGUGAUCAGGCUUGAAAGCAGAUCCAACAACUAUGAGCGGGACACGACAGAAAUAUUUAAGAUAAAUGCUAAAGAUGUGGGGAAGAUCUUCAAGAUCCGCAUUGGUCAUGAUGGCUCAGGGGUUGGUGCCGGCUGGUUCCUUGAGUCUGUGGAUGUCAAACACCUAAUCAUGGCCAUGGUGCCCAAAGAGAAGAAAAAGGAGGACAAGAAAAAGAAGAAGAAAAAGAAAAAAGAUGAGGAUGAUGAAGAAGACGAAGGAGAGGAGAUGAGGGAAGUGGUCCUCACGUAUCAUUUCCCCUGUUCGCGCUGGCUGGCUGGAGGAGAGGAGGAUGGCGAGCUGGUUGUGGAGCUUCUGCCCGAGGAUGCAGAAGACCUGGAAGUUAACACCUAUGAAGUGUGUGUCUUCACUGGCGACAUGCUUGGAGCAGGGACUGAUGCAAACGUCUUCGUCAAUAUUUAUGGAGAAAAUGGAGACACCGGAGAGCGAUAUCUGAAGAACUCUGACAACCUCAACAAAUUUGAGCGGGGACAGGAGGAUGUUUUCACGGUGAUGGCUAUUGAACUGGGUCCUCUCAAGAAGCUACGGAUCCGUCAUGACAACAGCAACUCUCAUUCCUCCUGGUACCUGGAUCGUGUUGAGAUCGUGGACACAAGGGAUGAUACAACGUACUAUUUCCCUUGUAACCGCUGGCUUGCUGUGGAUGAGGACGAUGGGCAGGUCGCACGAGAGCUGGUUCCUGUGGAUGAGGCCUUCAUGAGGCAGGAUGAGGAUGAGGAGGGGGCCGCCACACUUGGGCUGGAGCAGAAAUCCAUGUCGACCACAUAUACCGUUAAAGUAAAAACGGCAGAAAAGAAGUAUGCUGGAACCGAUGCCAACGUACACUGCAUCCUGUUUGGUGAAAAUGAUGACACAGGGAUCGUCAAUCUGAAGGCUUGCAAGAACUAUAAGAACAAGUUUGAACAGGGGAUGAUCAAUGAGUUCACUGUGGAGGCCGUGGACUUGGGUGAUCUGGUAAAGCUUCGAGUUGGGCACGACAACGCAGGGGGCUCCCCAGGUUGGUUCUUGGACUGGGUUGAGAUUGACGCACCCUCACAGGGUCAGAGACUACGCUUCCCAUGUGGCCGCUGGUUGAGUAAGGACGAGGACGAUGGAGCGGUAGUGAGGGACCUGUAUCCCGCUGACCUACAGACUGAAUUCUACAUGCCAUUUGUGCCCUAUGAGAUAAAGAUAUACACCAGUGACGUGUUUGCAGCAGGAACAGACGCUGAUGUGUUUAUAGCCUUGUAUGGACGUAAGGGUGUGUGCACACAGCAGAAACACCUGUGUGUCAACAAGAGGGAGAGACGUCUGUACUUUGAGAGGGGAGCUGAGGAUAUGUUUAUUGUAGAGUUAGAGGAUGUUGGUGACGUUAUAGAGAAGAUCAGAAUAGGACACGACAACAGGGGCACCAACCCAGGGUGGCACCUGGACAGAGUGGAGAUCAGGCGACAACUCAGGAAAGGAAAGGGUUCAGAGACAACCAUUUUCCCAUGCGAGCAGUGGCUGGCCAAGUCUGAAGAUGAUGGCGAGACUGUGAGGGAGCUGGUCCCCUCAGAUAUCAUCACACAGAAACUCCUCAGGGAUGGGACUCUGAAAACGACAGAAACUGAGGUGGAGGACGCUUUGGAAACUCAUUCAUACAAGGUGUCUGUGCGGACAGGAGAUAUGUACGGAGCAGGAACUGAUGCCAAUGUUUUUCUCACCAUCUAUGGAGACCUGGGGGACACAGGAGAGCGCAAACUUGCCAAAUCUGAGAGCAACAAGAACAAGUUUGAGCGGGGAGCGGUAGACAAGUUCUCCAUCGAGGCUGUGGAUUUGGGCCAAGUGUUUAAGAUUCACAUUCGUCAUGACAACUCCAUGAUCGGGGCUGACUGGUACCUGGACCAGGUGGAGGUGCUGGAUGUGGACACAGAAGAGGUGUACAUGUUCCUGUGUGAGCGCUGGCUGUCGAAAAAGAAAGAGGACGGGUGCAUAGACAGGACUUUCUUUGUCAAGGGCUAUGAAGGUGAAAGAAGCACUGAUCCAUUUGCAAUCAAGAUGGCUCAGGCCAAAAUGGGGCUGGACAGAAAUGCCAACAAGAAGAAAAAGAAGAAAAAAGCGGCUGUGGUGGAAGAGGGUCCAAUCAUCCCCUAUCACUUCACUUUGUCCACGGGGUUGGAACAUGAUGCCAGCACUACAGCCAGGGCCUAUGUCAUCAUCAUGGGCGCCACUGAGACAGGGAGAGAGACAGAGCGACUUUGGUUGGACCUACCAGAGGGAAAGAAAUUCUUUGCAUCUGGCUCCAUGGAGCACUUUGUGUCCUACGGAACUGACGUAGGAGAGAUCAAGAGAGUGGAACUCGGCCAUAACGGUGUCACGCCAGAGAGCUGCUGGUUGGUGGAUGAGCUGUCGGUUGCCGUGCCAACGAAAGGUAUCAAGUACAUCUUUCCGUGCAAGUGCUGGCUGGCUAAAGACAGGGGAGAUGGUCUCACUGCCAGACUGUUCAAUGUUCUGGAUGCCAGUACUAUCAACAUUAUCCGCAAAGUUAUGUAUUCAGCCACGGUUGUCACAGGUGACACUCAGUAUGCAGGGACUGAUACCAACAUUUUCCUGACUGUGUUUGGAGCCAACGGGAGCACAGAGGAAAUGCUCCUGCCUAAAAAUGGGGACAGGUUUGAAAGAGGCCAAGCAGACGCAUUCAACCUGGAGAUUGAUGACAUUGCUCCUCUGAAGAAGAUCAGAGUUCGGAUUGAUGGCAGCGGGAGUCGUCCUGACUGGUUUCUUCACAGUAUCGUAAUGCAGAACUUGAUCACAGAGGAAGUGUACGAGUUCACGUAUGAGAACUGGCUGUCAAAGACCAAAGGGCCAAAAAGGAUAAAGGUGUGUGAGCUGGCAGCGGUGGUGGACGAGGAGGAGAUGGUGGAGAAAACAACCUACACCAUCAACGUCCAGACGAGUGACGCCGGAGCCGCCGGCACUGAUGCCAACGUAUUUCUGAUUUUGUUCGGGGAGUACGGAGACACUGGGACGCUGCCUCUGAAAGAGAGCACCAACCGGAACAAGUUUGAGCGUAAAAUGAAGGAUGUAUUCAGAUUCCCUGACAUGCUCAGUCUAGGUGAACUGUCCAAGGUCCGAGUGUGGCACGAUAACAAAGGCCCUUGUUCUGGUUGGCACCUUGACUACAUUGACGUAAGGGACGAGGCCAUGGACAUGACUUUUCGGUUCCCCUGCGACCGCUGGCUGGCGAAAAAUGAAGACGAUGGACAGAUCAUGAGGGAACUGGCCUGUGCCAACAACGACUCUAUAGACCUCAGUGACAAAACCAAAUAUGAAAUUGCCACAACAACUGCGGACACAGACGACGCCUCCACCACAGAAAAUGCCUGGAUUGUGUUGGAAGGAAGAAAAGCUCGUUCCAAGGAGUUUGUUCUGGAGAAUAAGAAAAAGAAGUUCUUAUGCGGUGCCACUGACACGUUUGAGUUCUCAUCCAAGCAAGUGGGAGAAAUCGUUGGAAUCUGCGUUGGUCACAUAACGAAAGAGGGCAAAAAGGUGAAGAAUGAAGUCUUCUGGCAUGUGAUGGAGGUGGUGGUGACAGAAAAGGAGCUGGGAAACAAAUAUUUCUUCCAGUGUAAUGCUCAAAUCCCACUGGCCGCCAAAAAGGACAAAUUCCUAACAUUUGAGUGCUACAAAUCCGUUGAGAGCUUUGCAAGCAAAGUCCGUAACCUCGUUCCCGUCAAGUAUGAAAUCAUCGUCAUCACCGGGGACGUCAAAGGCGCCGGUACAGACGCCAACGUCUUUAUCACCAUCUAUGGCGUCAAUGGUGACUCUGGCAAGCGUGCUCUGCGCCAGAGGUUCCGCAACCUUUUCGAGCGAGGGCAGACAGACCGCUUUGUCGUGGAGAUGCUGGAUCUCGGGGAGCUGCUGAGGGUCAAAGUGGAGCACGACAACAGCAGCUCCAGCAGUGGGUGGUAUUUAGAGUGUGUGGAGGUGACCAACACAGCCAACUCUGUCACAACAAUCUUCCUAUGUGGAAAGUGGCUUGACAAAAACAAGGCAGACGGCCAGAUUCAGCGAGUGCUCUACCCAAGAUAUUAGGAGGAGGAGGACAUGUGAGACAAAUAGAGGGUAUGUUCUUUGAGACAUUUUGAUCAUUCAUGAUUUUUUUAGCUUUGUGGAGAAGAAGAUUAAAAUGAAUGGACCUUUUAAAAGGACACCAGUGUUUUUUGAGCUUGUGCCAACUCCUUCCAACAUCAGAAAAAGCCAUUUGCUUCCUUUUCUGACAAAAUGACAGACUUGAUUGUUGACCAAAAGAAAAAAUCCAUCACAAUAAAUAUUGCAUCUUAA